AUGAAAUGUUUAGUCCUUGCCCUGGUUUUUCUGCAGCUCUUAGAGGGCUUUGUCAGACACAUUCUGUGGAAAGGCAAGUCCAUCCGUGAGCUGAUGGAAAAGAAUGGUGUACUGGAGGGUUUUCUGAGGAACGAGAAGGCUGAUCCAGCUGCUAAGCACCAUUUCAACAAGGAUGCCGUCGCUUAUGAACCUGUCACUAACUACUUGGGCGUGAGGAAAAUGUCCUCGUGGACUUUCUACUUUGGGGAAAUCAGCUUCGGUGCUCCCCCUCAGUACUUCCUGGGCCUCUGGGACACCGGCUGCAACCACCUGUGAGUGCCCUCCACCUACUGCCAGCCCAGGCCUUCGGUGACCAAUCACAAUAGGUUCAGCCCCAGCCAGUCGCCCACCUUCUGCGGGGGUGGGGGAGGGCAGACGUACACGCUGGCCUACGGGAGCGGAAGCCUGACGGUGGUGCUGGGCUACGAUGCCGUGACCGUUCAGAACAUUGUUGUCUGUAACCAGGAGUUUGGCCUGAGUGAGAACGAGCCCAUCAAGCCCUUCUACUGUUCUGACUUGUAUGGGAUUUGGGGCAUGGCUUACCCAGCAAUGGCUGUAGGCAGUUACCCAGCAAUGAUGCAGGGGAUGUUGCAGCAGGGACAGCUCUCGGAGCCCAUCUUCAGCUUCUACUUCUGCUGUCAACCAAUUCAGCAGUAUUCAGGGGAGCUCAUCCUCGGAAGUGUGGACCCUCAGCUCUACUCUGGUCAGAUCACCUGGACCCCUGUGACUCAGGACAUGUACUGGCAGAUUGGCAUUGAGGAGUUUGUGAUGGAUAACCAGGCCACUGGCUGGUGUUCCCAAGGCUGCCAUGCCAUUUUGGAUACAGGAACUAUCCUUCUUCUAGCUGUUCCUCAGCAGUAUAUAAAUUCCUUCCUGCAAGCAACAGGAACCCAGCAGGCUCAGAAUGGUGACUUUGUGGUCAACUGCAGCGACAUCCAGGAUAUGCCCACCAUCACUUGGGUCAUCAAUGGAUCCCAGUUCGUUCUGCCUCCCUCUGCCUAUGUCUUCAGUGACAAUGGCUACUGUGGGCUUGGGAUCGAGGCCACCUAUCUGCCCUCCACCAACGGGCAGCCUCUGUGGAUUCUGGGUGAUGUCUUCUUCAAGGAAUACUAUUCUGUUUAUGACAUGGCCAACAACAGGGUUGGCUUUGCCUAUUCUGCCUAGACUGGAGGCCAGCUAGCCUCCUUUCUCUCUAUCUCCUUUCAGGCUGCCUAUGGAGACCGUCUGAAGUUUGCCCAGACGGGUCAUGUUCCUCUCAGUGGUUUUGAAUCCAGCAUUCUCUUACCUAAUGUAGUAAGAUGUAAAACUUUAAAUAACUUUGGCCUUUGAACAGGUCAGUUUACAGAUUUAAAUUCCAGAAGUAUUUCUGAAA